AUGAAACCGGAAGCCCAGCCUAUCUUUCGUCAGGCUCGCCCCGUUCUAUUUGCUCUCAAGGAACCAUUGGGAAAGGAACUUACUAAGCUACAUAAUGGGGGCAUCAUAUCUCGUGUGGAUCAAGGUGAUUGGGCGACACUUUUAGUCGGUGUACCCAAGUCGGACAAGUCUAUUCGCGUAUAUUGUGAUUUUAAGGUAACCAUUAAUCAGUGCCUUGAUGAACAGCAAUAUCCGUUACCCAAUAUGUUUGCUCAGCUCGCGGGAGGACAGAAGUUUACCAAACUUGAUUUCUCGCAGGCGUAUCAAUAG